ACACACGAGCAGCUGAUUUUGAUGGAACUUUGUGUGUGGCCCCCCGCUAUCUGAUCUCUUUUUUCGUGCUGAUUUGGCGGAUGCAAGCUGUAGCUGUUGACUGCGGCGACGAGCGGAACUCGGAACUUUGGCCGGUGUGGAAAGUGGAAGCAGCCGCUAAUCAGGAUCCAAGGCCGUUUCUUGGGGGAUAACUAAUACUAUCAGGGACAGGUUAUCCAGGUAUGGUUGAAAAGGUAUUCAAGCUUGUCGGCAGUGUACAUUUGUUUGUUUUCCUCUUACUUUUCUUUUGACAACAUGUUUUUUGUUUUUGGCAACAGUUUUCCUCUUACUUCGUGAUCAAAUUUUCUCCUCUUCGGCAGCUGAAAAAUAUGAUAUAUGUAUAGUCAGUCAAUCAAAUCAACUAAUUUAAAUUAUGGAGUAGCGUGGCUUGUAAUAGCAGCAUCAACCUCGUUGAAUACUGCACACCCCAUCCAUUAGCUGCUCAUCAGCACCGUAGGGUAGGUUGACCUUAAUUAAUUAGUUCCCCUACGAACAAAAUUAAACAGCAUUAUUAAGCAGAUAGUUGCAUGGUUAGGUGUCUCCACCAUCCUACGUGAUUAGGGUGCCUCUAGCCUAGCCGCCUCCUAGUGGUGCUACUAAACUAGCUUCUUCUAAUCCUGAAAACCCUGUCAGGUUACGUCCUCUCUUAAUCUAAGGCCACCAGCAUACGUGCGUACUUCCAUUACCCGUUUCCCGGACAAGAAAACGACCAGUUGCAUCCCUUGCGUCGUCGUUUGGCCCGGGAUUUUUCUAGUCCGUCAUAACGUUCGUUGGCAUGCGGCGCACGGCAAGUGGGCGCAGCGUGUGGAGAGGGUGGGCCGGCUAGCUGGCGGCUACCCGCGGCCGAGGCCGAGGUCUCCGGUCCACGCCUGCGCGGCCACGGUGGAGGAGAGUGCUCUAAGCUAGCCGUGACCGUGAGCGCGACGCGGCUGUGCCUGUGGUGGGAACGGGCGCCCGUGGGCUGCGGGCGGACGACGACGACGACGUACGGCCCCGCAUUCCCAUGACGGCGAGACGAGAGGAUGAAGUGUUGGAGUGAUUACUUGGAUACUCUGGGGCCUAGCUAUAGAGGGGAGGAUAGUGAUGAGCUGCGUGCCAGUGUGUUUGUGUGUGCAGUGCGGGAUGGGGCAGCACAGCACAGCAGGAGCAGUAGGAGUAGGUUGGUCGUUGGUCUCGGCUUUCAAUGCGGAAAAUUCCACUCCAAUGAACCAACAAAAAAGACAGCCGACGCGGCGGGGACGCAAGCGCGCGCACCACCACAGACACCAUCACCACCUCCUCUCCUUCGUCCAAGGUCCAACUCAAGCCGCGCGCGCCUUCAUUUUUCGCGCCGCAGCUAGCAGCAAGCUUGCUUCACUAGCUAUAGGAACAAAUCUAAGAUGAGAGGGACGGCGCGCUCGGAGCUCGGAAGCAAGAUAAGCUAAGCUAGCUAGCUACGGAGAUGCGGGGCGCGGCGCUGCUGCUGCCGCUGCUUGCGGCCGCGUUGCUGCACGCGGACGCGGCCGGCGGAGGCAACGGGAGCUGCGAGCGGAGGUGCGGGGGCAUGGAGCUGCCGUACCCGUUCGGCUUCUCCAGCGGCUGCACCAUACGCCUCGGCUGCCACGUCGGGGCCGACGGCGUCGGCGCCGCGUGGCUCGGCGGCGCAAGGGAGCUGGGACUGCUCGUGCGCAACGUCACGUCGCGCGCGCUCAUCCUCGACCUGCCCGCCGACUGCUCCCGCCGGUUCAAUGAGUCCGUCGAGGCGCUCUUCUCGGACAGCUACGCGCCCGCCUCCCGGAACGCGCUCGUCGCCACCUCAUGCAGCGCUGCCGCUGGGGCUCCUCAAACCAGCAACUGCAGCGGUCCGCCUUACCGCUACAUGGACAUGCCCUCGUCCCACUGCACCGCCAACGAGUCCAUCCGCUGCAUCCUGCCUCCUCCUCGUCCUCAUAGCAACCUCACCAGCGGCCACCAUUUUCUGAACAAGAGCGAGGUGCUCAGGUCCAACUGCACCGUGCUGGUGUCGGCGGUGAGCUAUUCGGAUGCGGGGGGCCCGUCGCUGCUGCUCGGCGCGCUGGAGCUGGACUGGUGGGUACCGGGGCCUUGCCGCUGUGAUGCCAGAGCCAACUGCACCCAGCUCCCGGCGACAAGGACGCGGCCGGAGGCGUUCCAGUGCGAGUGCCCGGAGGGGCUCCAGGGCGACGGCUUCGUCGACGGCACCGGCUGCUGGGAAGUUUCCAAGUCCAAGUGCGACCGCUCAAAUUACCUAAGAGAUUGUGGCAAGAUCGUCCUCGUUGGUCUUAUCAUGGCAGGAAUAGUUUUUGGAGCCAUGGUGAUGGGCAUCGGCUGCGUGGUGUGCCACCUGGUGAAGCGCCGUUCCGCGUCCAUCCGGUCGCAGCAGAGCACGAAGCGGCUCCUGUCGGAGGUGGACUGCACGGUGCCACUCUACUCGUACCGCGAGAUCGAGCGCGCCACCAGCGGCUUCUCCGAGGACCAGCGGCUCGGCACGGGCGCCUACGGCACGGUCUACGCCGGCCGCCUCAGCGACAACCGCCUCGUCGCCGUGAAGCGGAUCAAGCACCGCGACAACGCCGACGGCGGCCUGGACUCCGUCAUGAACGAGGUGAAGCUGGUGUCCUCGGUGAGCCACCGCCACCUGGUCCGCCUCCUGGGCUGCUGCAUCGAGCAGGGCCAGCAGAUCCUGGUCUACGAGUUCAUGCCCAACGGCACCCUGGCGCAGCACCUGCAGCGGGAGCGCGGCCGGCCCGCCGUGCCGUGGACGGUGCGCCUCCGCGUGGCCGCCGAGACCGCCAAGGCCAUCGCGUACCUGCACUCGGAGGUGCACCCACCCAUCUACCACCGCGACAUCAAGUCCAGCAACAUCCUGCUGGACCACGAGUACAACUCCAAGGUGGCCGACUUCGGGCUGUCGCGGAUGGGCAUGACCUCCGUCGACUCGUCGCACAUCUCCACGGCGCCGCAGGGCACCCCGGGGUACGUGGACCCGCAGUACCACCAGAACUUCCACCUCUCCGACAAGAGCGACGUGUACAGCUUCGGCGUGGUGCUGGUGGAGAUCAUCACGGCCAUGAAGGCCGUGGACUUCAGCCGGGGCCCCAGCGAGGUGAACCUGGCGCAGCUCGCCGUGGAGAAGAUCGGCAGGGGCUGCGUGGACGACAUCGUCGACCCCUUCCUGGACCCGCACCGGGACGCGUGGACCCUCACGUCCAUCCACAAGGUGGCGGAGCUGGCGUUCAGGUGCCUGGCGUUCCACAGCGAGAUCAGGCCGUCCAUGGCCGAGGUCGCCGACGAGCUGGAGCAGAUACAGGUCAGCGGGUGGGCGCCGUCGACGGACGACGCCGCGUUCAUGUCGACCACGUCGUCGCUAUGCUCGUCGGCGCCGUCGCGCGGCACGGACAAGUCGUUGGGGCCGGACAAAGGCAGGGGCGAGGCAUUGUCGACGUCUGCCCCGGCGAUGGCUGUGGCAGCGCGGGAAACGGAGAAGGGCGCGGCGGGGUCCUCCCCUGUGUCUGUCCAGGAGAGGUGGUUCAGCGACAGGAGCUCCCCUUCCUCCAAUAGCCUGCUCGGGAAUAGCAGCUCGCUUCACUGAACUGAAACACGCUGCAUGCCAUGCUCCUCCUGACAUCCAUUCCAUCGCUGUUAGUUUAGCUGUAAAAUUUAGAGAUGUACGAUUUCUUCUAGCUAGCUACCAAAGAAAAGAAAACGUGCGAUUUUCUGGUCUCUUUCUUUUUUCCUUUUCCUUCUGCGUUGGUUCCAAGCAAUCUGUAAAUGAAACCGGUAUUAGUCUACUCAGACGCCAUGUUGACAAGCCA